GUUCAUAUAGUCUUUUACACAACAUUUCCUAAUGGUAAAAACUGAUCUUACUGAUUUUCUGUCAUUCAUAAUCUAUCUAUACUUGCAGGACAGGUUGUGAUGGCAGUGGCACGGGAGCCACUGUUGGCUGCUGUGCUGCUCUUCAUCUCCCCAGGGCUCCUUUGCGCCUCUCCCCCACUUGACUGUCCACAGUCCUGCACCUGUCAGAGAGCCACCCUGUUGAACUGCUCCUCCUCCAGCCUCUCCUUAGUGCCUGAACACAUCCAAGACUCUGUCACUGAGCUGGAAUUGUCUCAUAACCUCCUCGAUUCUGUAACUCUCCACUGGCCACAUCGUAACCUCAAGAAUGUAUGGCUGGGAAACAACUCUAUCACACAUUUGUCUCUGUGUAUAGAGAGAAACCUUGGAAGUCAGUAUGUAAGAGACAGACGUCUACAUCGCUCGAGACCUUGGAGCAAACGGAGAUGUGUGUCUUGGGCCCCCGCCCUGCAGCUGCUAUCUGUUGAGAGAAAUCAGCUUGAGCAACUCCCAGAGGGGCUGGAAGGCAGUGGAUCCUUACAGGUUUUGCAGCUCUCCUUCAACAGAAUCUCAGCUGUACAACCAGAAGACCUUAUCCACCUUCAACAGCUGAAAGAGCUACACCUACAACAUAAUCUAAUCACCAUUCUCCAUCCACAGGUGUUCCAGGAUUUAGCCCAGCUCAGGGUCCUUGAUCUCAGUUUCAACAUGUUGACCAGCCUCCAUCCUUUGAUGUACCUCUCUCUGCAAACCAUUGGGGUGGAUGUAAAACUGGAUGGGAACAGUUGGCACUGUGACUGCAGCAUGCGCAAUCUAAGAAGGCGGAUGGCCUAUGAUAGCAGCAGAGGCCUGCAAACCUGGAGUAUUAUGUGUGCUUCUCCCUCUAUCCUCUCAAGCAAAGACCUGCUACAGCUGGGGGAGGAUGACCUAAACUGUUUUAAUACUGAAAACAGGCGAGAGCUCCACCAAGAUGUGACUGUUUAUAGUGGCUCAGAGAUGCUGCUGUCUUGUUUGACACAAGAUUCAGUGUGGUGGACGCCCAGUGGUCAAGCAUCAGUGAGACAACCUCAAGCUGGUCUGCUCAUCAAUGACAUCACAAAGAAAGACACAGGACUGUAUGUGUGUGUGUCUGAAGAACAUGAAGUUGUGUCUGUUUUUAAUCUCCAGAUUAGUAAAAUGGGAGGUGCAAGAAGAAAAACUAGGAGUUUACCCAGAACCAAACAACAAAUAAUCCCACAAGACACUCCAAAUAGGACGGAUCAAGAAAGGAAUCAGACAGCUACAUCAUCUGACUUGGUUCUGGCUGUGUGUCUGUCUGUUUUUAUCACAUUUCUGGUAGCCUUUAUCCUUGGUGUCCUAGCAAGACCUUAUAUUAAUAUUCUUUGGACAAGGGUAGCUAACAAGAAAAGCUCAUCUGAAACCAGUUCUGUUCCACCUGUUGAACAAAGGCAAUAUGAUAAUGAGGCCUAUUCCAAUGGUGAAGCACCAGAGGAAAUAGUAAUUCACAGGGAAAGAAGAGUCACAUUUAGCAGAGAGGACAACAACGUACAGUAUUAUGAUACCUUAGCCAGUGGUAAUCAGGAACACAUCAAUAAUGAUGGAGUGGCUGAAUGUGAAGCAGCUGAGGCUGAGGACAUGUGUACAGCUGGAGAUUUAAGAAAUGAAAACACCUUACAACAGAGUACUCCAGAAGCUGACCCGAAAGAUGGCAGACACUCCCCAGACAUCAUUGACCAAAUACACAAGAUAGAGUGUGAACACAUCCCAGACACUAUUGAGGUGGAGGAGAGGAGAAGCUUGUCUUUGCACUCUGAUUCUUCACUAUCUGACAAAGUAUUAAAAAAGGACCAAAUGACCAAGGGAGACUACACAGUACCCAGGUUUUCUCAGUUGGCAGAGGACUCCAUUCAGCAGAGAGCUGAUUUCUCAACAGCUAUAAAGGAGGGCAGAUGUGUAAUUCCGGGAUUUUCAUCUGAGCCAUUUCCAGACUGGUCACCAUAUACAAACCCCUUAGACCCUGAUCUGUCACAAGAGAAUGACGAACAAUUUGAAUUUAGCGAUUCUGUACAAAGCACAUCUGCAAGGUCCAGCAGUGUGUUUGGUUCCCUUAAUGAUCUAAAGCAGAUUGCAGUACCCACUUUAGAUAAACAAAAGAGGCAUGAUAUGUCCAGCUCCAGCUCAUAUGUCAGUGAGGAUGAACCUACACAAUAUACUGUAAACCCAGACCAGGAGGAGGAAGAUGAUAUAGAAAUGAACCACAAACUAUCUGAGUUCACUAACAGACCAGAGCAUUCAUUUUCCUCACAUUCCAGUGACAGUGAUGGGGAGUCAAAACAUGCCAAAGUUGACCUAAAUUGCAAGCAGUGUUUGGAUAUCAGAGCCCUGUCACAACCCACUGAGUCAUCUUCUGGUGAUGAGAGUGUAGAUCAAAAAAUGGACAACAGACUAGAUAUCAAAGCACCAUCACCGUCUCCUGAUUCAUCUUCUAGUAGUAGUAGUGAGGAUGAAACAUGUCACACAGAGAGGCCAGGAAAGGUGGACAUUCGAGAGCUUCCACUGCAAAAACCAUUAGGUCAUAGCUCAUGCACAAGAUGGCCGACCCUAGAUCUUGAACAUAUUCCCCGCAUUAAGAGGUGUCUAGACAUCAGAGUGGCAUCACCAGCUUUUGAUUUGUCUUCUAGCAGUGAUAGUGAGGAUGAAACAACAAGCCACACAGAGAAGCAGAGGCCAGUGACAGUAAAUAUUCCAGGACUUCAAUACAAAGAAUCUCAGACAACAAGGCAUGAUCCAGAGUCACCGUGGCCUGCCCUAAAUCUUGAGUAUAUUCCUCGAAUUAAAAGGUGUCUAGAUAUCAAAGCACCAUCACCAGCUUCUGAUUUAUCUUCCAGCAGUGAUAGUGAGGAUAAAAUAACAAGCCACACAGAGAAGCAGAGGCCAGUGACAGUAAAUAUUCCAGGACUUCAAUACAAAGAAUCUCAGACAACAAGGCAUGAUCCAGAGUCACCGUGGCCUGCCCUAAAUCUUGAGUAUAUUCCUCGAAUUAAAAGGUGUCUAGAUAUCAAAGCACCAUCACCAGCUUCUGAUUUAUCUUCCAGCAGUGAUAGUGAGGAUAAAAUAACAAGCCACACAGAGAAGCAGAGGCCAGUGACAGUAAAUAUUCCAGGACUUCAAUACAAAGAAUCUCAGACAACAAGGCAUGAUCCAGAGUCACCGUGGCCUGCCCUAAAUCUUGAGUAUAUUCCUCGAAUUAAAAGGUGUCUAGAUAUCAAAGCACCAUCACCAGCUUCUGAUUUAUCUUCCAGCAGUGAUAGUGAGGAUAAAAUAACAAGCCACACAGAGAAGCAGAGGCCAGUGACAGUAAAUAUUCCAGGACUUCAAUACAAAGAAUCUCAGACAACAAGGCAUGAUCCAGAGUCACCGUGGCCUGCCCUAAAUCUUGAGUAUAUUCCUCGAAUUAAAAGGUGUCUAGAUAUCAAAGCACCAUCACCAGCUUCUGAUUUAUCUUCCAGCAGUGAUAGUGAGGAUAAAAUAACAAGCCACACAGAGAAGCAGAGGCCAGUGACAGUAAAUAUUCCAGGACUUCAAUACAAAGAAUCUCAGACAACAAGGCAUGAUCCAGAGUCACCGUGGCCUGCCCUAAAUCUUGAGUAUAUUCCUCGAAUUAAAAGGUGUCUAGAUAUCAAAGCACCAUCACCAGCUUCUGAUUUAUCUUCCAGCAGUGAUAGUGAGGAUAAAAUAACAAGCCACACAGAGAAGCAGAGGCCAGUGACAGUAAAUAUUCCAGGACUUCAAUACAAAGAAUCUCAGACAACAAGGCAUGAUCCAGAGUCACCGUGGCCUGCCCUAAAUCUUGAGUAUAUUCCUCGAAUUAAAAGGUGUCUAGAUAUCAAAGCACCAUCACCAGCUUCUGAUUUAUCUUCCAGCAGUGAUAGUGAGGAUAAAAUAACAAGCCACACAGAGAAGCAGAGGCCAGUGACAGUAAAUAUUCCAGGACUUCAAUACAAAGAAUCUCAGACAACAAGGCAUGAUCCAGAGUCACCGUGGCCUGCCCUAAAUCUUGAGUAUAUUCCUCGAAUUAAAAGGUGUCUAGAUAUCAAAGCACCAUCACCAGCUUCUGAUUUAUCUUCCAGCAGUGAUAGUGAGGAUAAAAUAACAAGCCACACAGAGAAGCAGAGGCCAGUGACAGUAAAUAUUCCAGGACUUCAAUACAAAGAAUCUCAGACAACAAGGCAUGAUCCAGAGUCACCGUGGCCUGCCCUAAAUCUUGAGUAUAUUCCUCGAAUUAAAAGGUGUCUAGAUAUCAAAGCACCAUCACCAGCUUCUGAUUUAUCUUCCAGCAGUGAUAGUGAGGAUAAAAUAACAAGCCACACAGAGAAGCAGAGGCCAGUGACAGUAAAUAUUCCAGGACUUCAAUACAAAGAAUCUCAGACAACAAGGCAUGAUCCAGAGUCACCGUGGCCUGCCCUAAAUCUUGAGUAUAUUCCUCGAAUUAAAAGGUGUCUAGAUAUCAAAGCACCAUCACCAGCUUCUGAUUUAUCUUCCAGCAGUGAUAGUGAGGAUAAAAUAACAAGCCACACAGAGAAGCAGAGGCCAGUGACAGUAAAUAUUCCAGGACUUCAAUACAAAGAAUCUCAGACAACAAGGCAUGAUCCAGAGUCACCGUGGCCUGCCCUAAAUCUUGAGUAUAUUCCUCGAAUUAAAAGGUGUCUAGAUAUCAAAGCACCAUCACCAGCUUCUGAUUUAUCUUCCAGCAGUGAUAGUGAGGAUAAAAUAACAAGCCACACAGAGAAGCAGAGGCCAGUGACAGUAAAUAUUCCAGGACUUCAAUACAAAGAAUCUCAGACAACAAGGCAUGAUCCAGAGUCACCGUGGCCUGCCCUAAAUCUUGAGUAUAUUCCUCGAAUUAAAAGGUGUCUAGAUAUCAAAGCACCAUCACCAGCUUCUGAUUUAUCUUCCAGCAGUGAUAGUGAGGAUAAAAUAACAAGCCACACAGAGAAGCAGAGGCCAGUGACAGUAAAUAUUCCAGGACUUCAAUACAAAGAAUCUCAGACAACAAGGCAUGAUCCAGAGUCACCGUGGCCUGCCCUAAAUCUUGAGUAUAUUCCUCGAAUUAAAAGGUGUCUAGAUAUCAAAGCACCAUCACCAGCUUCUGAUUUAUCUUCCAGCAGUGAUAGUGAGGAUAAAAUAACAAGCCACACAGAGAAGCAGAGGCCAGUGACAGUAAAUAUUCCAGGACUUCAAUACAAAGAAUCUCAGACAACAAGGCAUGAUCCAGAGUCACCGUGGCCUGCCCUAAAUCUUGAGUAUAUUCCUCGAAUUAAAAGGUGUCUAGAUAUCAAAGCACCAUCACCAGCUUUUGAUUCAUCUUUAGCCAGAUCCAGCAUUUCUGUAGGCUCUCAACAGUCUGGAUCACACUCUUCUAGAAGUGACAGUGAGGAUGAGAAAGGCAACCAUAAUGCUAAAGUAGCAGCAGGAGUAUCUGCCAUAUCUAAGACCUCAGAAAAGGUUUUCACAAAGUCUCCAAAAUUCCCAGCGAUAAGCAUUUCUCACAGUCCAAUAACAGACCACAAUAUCAAAUUAGAAAAGUAUACAGUUAUUGCAGAUGACUUGGAGGACAAACCAACAAAUGACAACAUCAACACAACACCAGAAAUAACCCCAGAGCUUCAGUCACGGUGGGCCACCAUGAAUCUUGGCAUCUCACGCUUCAGAAAGCGUCUUGAAAUCACAUCACGUACACAUGAACCACCCAAUCUGCCCUCAUCACCUCCACCUGAGUCCCCCUCCUCUUCCAGCAGUGAAAGUGAGACUGGGAAUAAAGUCAGCAGAACAAGACAAAAGAGAAGGGGAGUUGAAAUCCAAGAGAGUGAUUCAUACAAGGAUGCAUCCCUGAAGUAUACCUCACAGAGCAAAACUGAGGAGAUGGAAAGGAAGGAUUCAACUUGGCCUCGUCUGAGUUUCACCAAUGUCCCCCAUGUCAAGAGGAGUUUGAAUAUCAGAGCACAAAGAGAAUCAUCCUCAAGCAGCAACAGUGAAGAUGAGACUAUAGACCACAUUGUUACUGACCUGAGUCUUGGUGUCCCACGCAUUAAAAGGUGUUUGAACAUCAAAGCACCAGUCCCAAGUAAUCCUCUAUCUCCAUGCAGCGAGAGCAAAAAUGAAGUGCCAGGAUACAUUGGAAAUCAAAUAACACAUGCAUCAUAUGUAUCAGGAAUGACAGACAGUGACUCUCUAAUCACUUAUAAACGUUUAAUUAUGAAAACUUCAUUGCCACCAGGCAAUUCAUUUCCCCCCAGUGGCAAGACUCAAACUACAGACCAUGCUGAAAUGUUAACUGUGCAAGACGGUCCAUUCCAUAGAGAUGAAGAGAGAAAUCCAUCUCUUGCCCCAAGAAGGAUUAUGGGUAUGAGCUUUGAUAAAUGUUUGAAGCAGUCCAGUAACAUGACAGAUGUAGACCUGCCACCCGAGAUAAGGUGGACUGGUGUGGGUCGUCAUCUGUCUGACCUUUCUAUCUGCAGUCAUAGCAGACGUUUGGAUGAAGGCUUAUCUCCACAGCAAGCUCCAACCGCAAAGCCAGAACUUCCCCAAACUGAUUCCUCCUCCAUUAGAAGUCAUGACAGAAUAACACAAUUUGGAGAUAACACAGAGGUGACACUGAUGCAUAAAUACUCAUCUCUUAGUCAUAACAGUGUUUCUCGUGCGUCCAACAGAGGUCUUGACAAGUCUGACACCUUACCCAGCAGCACAAAUGAGAUUUUGAGGACCAUAUCUGAGGAGAAGAGAGAAAGGAAAGGCCUCAGUGCCCUGAAAGCCAUGUCAACAGAGAGACAAAAGUGGGACACAGAAGAUGAGCCUUUAAAUAAGUAUGCAUCUCCUCUAUUUGACAACCAUGGUCCACAAGCUGACAUUAGUUUUAGCUAUCGCAGGUCUGAGAAAGAAAUGAAGCCCCUGCCCAAACCACUAACACAAUUACAUCUUUCCCCUAUUUCACUGAAUGAAAGAAAAGUUGCAGAUAUGCCAUAUAGUGCUCCUCGCUAUGGGAGGCAUGAUACUGGAGCUCUUGAACCACCACAAGAGCCUCCACCUCCUAUUCCAGCAACAGCACCACCAGAUGAAGAGGUUGGUUUCACAUAGAGGUCCCCACAGAGGACUAAGAAGCACUGAGGAAUCUAACCCUUUUUCAAAUGGAUCGCAAAAUUCUGACUCCUCAAACAUGCAAAUCAGUGGUUUAAUAAAGAAAUCACUAUAUCCUUAACACUAACAAAACAAAUGAUUAGCCUUGCUCUUUAAUCCAAUAUUGGCCAAUGUAUGACUUAAAUAUAGCAAAUAUAUUCUAUUUUGUAAAUAUUAAGCUUGAGAUGAACUACAAGUACCAAUAACCUACUGUGUGGAUUUGUUGUAGAGCACCACAUUUAUCUUUC